AUGGCCAUCGCAGAAGCCGGAAUGAGGCCGGAGUCAUCAGCGCAAAUGGCGACAGAUCAGCGUAAAGAAGUCGCCGCAGGAAGACAGGAAAACCCGGUCACCGCCCUCACCUGGGGCCACAACGACAAGCGGGUGUUCGUUGCCACGGGCGCCCAGUUGCACAUAGGGCGUGUCUCGAGGCGUGUUGCAUCGUUGCAGCUGCUCUGUCGCCUUGCAAUCAAGAGCAGAGUGACGGAAGAGGACAAGGUAGCGAAGUUACCCCUGCCAAGGAGACUAAGAGCGCUGGUGACGUCAUUGUAUACUCAGACUAUAAGGUGUUACAUCCCCGAAACGCGGCAGCUCCGUGACUUCGUGUCUCGCCCUCCAUGCAACAGCCAGAGGUUGCAUUGCACGAUGAUCAGGCACGACGAGGACCUCAUCCCUACCCCCGGGGCCUGCUAUACCCUCUACCUGGAGUACCUGGGGGGCCUAGUACCACUCCUGAAGGGCAAGAGGACUUCCAAGAUCCGGCCGGAGUUCGUCAUUUUCGAUCCUCAAGUUGAAUACGAAGAUAUGUGUGCGUCUCCGAGAUUGCAGAGACGGCGAAAACUCAAGCGAAGAAUAAGAGAACGGUUAGAGAGCGAGACCGACGAACUUGUAUAUUUGGAAACGCUACCGGAGCCACGUCAGAUGACCUUGGUGAUCACCGAGCUCGGAGACAUCCCACCGCCCCACCCCUUUACCCCAAACCCUAAUGUGUUUUCCGAGGACGAGGAGGAUCUCGGGGAGCGCCUCGCCUCCCGGAGGGCGCCCGACCUGCCCUCGGACGUGCCGCCCAUCGCGCCCAUGACGCCCCGCCGGACGCCCUCCUCCUACUCGCGCCAGGGCCUCCACACCAACCUCUGGGACGCGCCCACGCCCGCGCCCGCGCCCAUACCGCCCCCGACGGAGCUCGCGAGCGUCGAGGGCAAGCUGGAGGGCGAGGGCGACGGGGGCGGGCCCGAGGGCGUGGUGCUGGACGGCAGCGGCGGCGCGGCGCUCCUGCGCGAGCUGGAGGAGCACCCGUACGUCGACCUGGCCACGCCCGAGAUGCUGCAGCUGCGCGACGGCCUGCGGGCGGAGCUGCGCGGGGAGGCGCACGCCCACCACGCCCUGGCGCCCACGACCACCAGCGCCGCGCCCACCACCAACCACCACAGCCAGCCCGAGGCGCACGUGUUCUCCCUGGUGCGCAGCUCGGCGCCGUCCAGCCCCAAGCACUCCGUCAGCCACUUCUGCUGCGACGCCGGCACGCUGCAGUCGCCCAAGAACAUCGUGGCGCCCAUCGUGACGCGCCACUCGACCGCCGCCAGCGCCGCCCUCCUGGAGAUCGGCGGCGGCGAGGUGGGGCUCGUGGGCGGCGCGCGGGCGGGCAUCAAGACCUCCUCCCCCGUCGUGGCCGCCUCCGGGGCCAGCAGGACGACCUCCUCGUCGUCGUCGUCGUCGUCCUCGUGCGCCUCGUCCAGCGCCCCGCCCAGGCACGAGGAGCUGCGCCUGGUGAGCUCUGACAACGCGCUCCUCCUCCACCACUUCGCCAGCAACGCCCCCGCCCCCUCCCUGCCCCCCACCCCCGCCAGCAACGCCGCCUCUACAACCUCCGCCCACAACACGACCGCAACCAACAACCACCUUAACCACACCAACAACAACAACAGCAACACCUACUACUCCAGCAGCAGCACAAGCAGCAGCAACAGCAGCAGCGGAAACAGCACAUACCGCAGCCCUACACACACACAGAGCGACAGCGGCGGCCCCAAGAAUGACGUCAUCCGCUACAUCGACGAGGAGAGCGGCGAGUCGGACGGCCGGUCCUUCACGCCCUCGCCCGCCCGCAACCCACGCCCGCGCCCGCUCUACUGCCGCGCCCGCAGCAAGAGCGUGGGCCACCUGCACAACCUGGAGCCCGCCUUCACCGCCGCCCACACUCACGCCCACCACCACCAGCUGCCGCCGCAACUGCACCAGCUGAGGAACAUCGACGCUUACCUGGCCUUCCGACGCUCCGGCUCCCUCAAGGACUCCGUCAGGAAGCGCCAGGACCAAGUGGGCGAGAGCCACCCCCGCCGCCCGUGUCUCGCCGACUGCGGGAAGAGUCGAAGUCUUGACUCCUCCCCCUUGAUCGUGAAGCGCCGCCUCCCUCUCCAGACGCACCACAAGCACCACGCCAGUCACCACACUCACCAGCACAACGCCUCGUCUUCAUCACAGACCUCUUGCUCCUCCACCACCACGUCCGCCAUCACCACCACCACCACCGCCGAUCUCCACCACAACGGCGCAGGGGACAAGCAGCAGAGGAACUUCACUAGAACGCUAAAGGAGAGCGCGCUGGUGGAGCGGCUGGCGGCGCUGCAGAGGGAGUGCCAGGGAACCCCCCAGCCCCCGCCCACCCCCAGGCACCAGCCCACCCCCGAGGCCGCCCGACGCCUCAACCCGGCCGCCCACACGCCCUCGCACUCGCCCACGCCCUCGCACUCGCCGCCGAUCUCCUCCGCCCACGCCAGCAAGAGCAUUCCAUCCACGCCCGUCAAGACGCGGAAGGCGCGGCGCCAUCAGUCCUCGUCGCCCAUCAGGAAACACUUGUUGAAUUCGCCGCUGCUCUCCCGGCGAAGACAGCGACGUGGCACAGUGGAGAGCAGUGAUGACGAGGUGGUUCACUGUUCGAGCGACGCCGAGGUCCUCUGUUCCUCGUCCAACUACAGGGACCUCGAGACGUUUCAGAAGACGCAGCUGAGGAAUAAGCUCCGACGGUCGCGCGGCCGGAGCGACGGCAGCCUGGGCGGCGGCGGCGGCGGCGGCAGCGGCAGCGGCGACAGCUCGGGCUCGCCGACGCCCCGACACCGCCAGUUCGUGAUGCACAACAAGGCGCCGCUCUGGAACGAGAACUCGCAGGUGUACCAGCUCGACUUCGGCGGGAGAGUCACGCAGGAGUCGGCCAAGAAUUUCCAGAUCGAGUUCAAGGGCAAGCAGGUGAUGCAGUUCGGGCGCAUCGAUGGAAAUGCCUACACACUCGAUUUCCAGUACCCGUUCAGCGCGGUGCAGGCCUUCGCUGUGGCCUUGGCUAAUGUCACGCAGAGGCUCAAAUGAUACAGGAUGUACCCGGAGAGCCAGGCCGCUCACAGCCACAGCGUUGUCAUCCUGGAGUUCUGGUGACGUCAGCUGCUGACUAUUUUCACCGUGGACUACUGGGUCAUUCUGUGUUCCGAUUGUGAAAACGUUGUUGUUAUCAAAGCGAUCUGUUCUGUUUAGUAUUGCUACUAAUGUUACUACACAAGCAGAGAAUUAGAAGAAGAUAGAUUUUUUUUUUUUCAUGUUCUUCUUCUAAAAAGAAGAGAGAGAAAAGAAAAUAGGGUUUUGAAGUUAUGUGAAGUUAUGUGUUUUUUUUUUCUCUUUUUUUUUGAGUGAUAUGUUUUUGUCUAGAAGAAGACUUUAUGGAGUCAAGAUU